UCGAACCGUCAUUCAUGUCUGUCUGUUCGUAAAAUUUAAUUCAUCGAGGAAAUUAUUUAGUUUCUUUCUUCUAAAUUAAUUAAACUAUGUCUUUUUAAUAAUGAAUAUAAUUGGGUGUUAUAUUUAUAAUAUUGGAAAAAAAAAUCUAUGCGUAGAGAGGGCUUUUUCGUUUGAUAUGCAUUUAAAAGUAAUUAACACAUAAAUGGGUGCUAAGUGGUCUGAAUAAAUAAAGAAUAAUGGAGUGCGGAAAAAAGACUGUGAAAAUGAUAUUAGUCCUAUUAAGCUUCGAUAUAAAGUUUUAAGUGGUGCCCGUGGUUUAGUUAGAACAAUGAGGUUCCACAGGAGGUGCGGUGACAGGGUCACGCUCCUCAACGACAAUUCGACUGCUAUUCGAAAUUUUGUAGAAUUUAAUCACGGCCUGAUACUAAGCGCAGAGCCUCUGAAAGAUGAUCUUAUGUUUGAAGUGUGCAUUGAUAGAAAGGUGAAUGUUUGGAAUGGGUCACUCGAAAUUGGUGUUACAACGUUGGAUCCGGAGUAUAUGGAACUUCCAGCCACAGCCACUAAGCUUCGAAAUACUGCUUGGAUUAUGUCUGGGAGUUCUAUAGUUAAAGAUGGUGUAACUGUAGUCAACUCCUAUGGACCAGAACUUGACACUCUCCGAGAAGGAGAUUGUUUGGGUGUUAUGCGCUCCAGUAAAGCUGAGUUAAUGUUUUAUAUCAAUGGGAGAUGCCUAGGCAUAGCAGCAACGGAAUUGCCUCCUAAAGUGUUUGCCGUAAUAGAUCUUUACGGACAAUGUGUGCAAGUUUCUAUUACUAAUUCCAAUGGUAUGAGACCUAUAAUGGAGAGCAGCUUAGAUCAGAUUGAAGAGGAUCCAAACAAUGACGAUACUUUGACGUCGAGUGAGUUAGAAGGGGCAGUCGGGCCUGCAGAACCGGUCCCAAAGGAUUUACCAUCACUCCCGCAUGUUUACAUUCCAAUGGUUUCUGAUGGAGCUUCUGCUCUAGCGACUCAAGAACGAUUACGAUUUCAUCCGAGGUGUGGCAUACUAGUCAAGCUAUCCAGUAAUAAUAAGUCUGCUGAAAGAGCCAGGCCUCUGGAUGAUUACAAUAAUGGCGUAGUGAUGACGCAUCGGCCACUGUACGACAAUGAACUAUUCGAGAUUCGUAUAGAUCGCCUCGUCGACAAAUGGAGUGGCAGUAUUGAGGUGGGGGUGACUACACACAACCCAGCAACAGUGAGGUUUCCGUCCACCAUGACCAACAUGGACUCCGGAACCAUCAUGAUGUCUGGAUGCAAAGUUCUGCUCAACGGGAACGGCACUUGCAUGGAAUAUGGGAACUUCAAUUUAGACGAAUUGCGGGAGGGUGAUACAGUUGGCAUGAUGAGGAAGACUGACGGCAAGCUGCACUACUUCAUAAACGGCGUCGACCAGGGGGUCGCUACGGACAAGAUGGAGCCCCAAGUGUGGGGCGUUGUAGACCUUUACGGCAUGACUGUGAAGGUCACCAUAGUUGACCCCUGUGAGGACAUAGAUAGCAACAUUAAUCCACCGGCUAUUGUCCCUUGCAGAUAUCCAUUUCCAGUACCACUGUGUCGAUAUAGGCCGGCUAUAGACGAACAUACACUUUUAUUUCAUACGCUGCGUGAUUCGAAUGUUAUUAUUAUUAAUGAUGGUAAGACUGCUCAUAGGCCUAAUGCUUUCGAAUACUUCAACAACGGAAUCGUAAUGACCAACAGGACCCUCAGGACUGGCGAGCUUUUCCAAGUGCGGCUCGACCUAGUCAUCCCCAAGUGGGCCGGAAGCAUUGAGAUUGGAGUCACGCAGCAUUCUUCUAAUGAUAUUAAAUUUCCAUUCAAAAUGAGCAAUGAAAAAUCCGGCACUUGGGCAAUGACCGGAGAAGACGUGAUUCGAGAUGGGACAAUAAUUAUACCUCAGUAUGUCAGGAAUCUCAACAGAUUAGUGGAGGGGGAUACAGUUGGCGUGAUGCGAAAGGACAUGGGCAUCCUGCAUUUUUUUGUGAAUGGCGUCGAUCAAGGUCCUGCUGCGUUCAACAUACCAGAACACGUGUUUGGUAUUAUUGAUCUGUACGGGCGAGUCGCGCAGGCUACAAUAGUGGAGUGUUACAUGCCACCACCGUUCUCACCCGAAUCUCCUAUAUCUACAGAAUCUAACGCAACUGUUUACCCCAUACGUGAUGAUGUUAGAACAAAUUACUCAUAUGCCGCAGCGAAAAAAAACGAGAUGUGUUUUCACCGAGUGCACGGACGGAACGCGUACCUUAACCGAGCUAGAACGACGGCGUACCGAGGCACCGUGUACUCGGAAUUCAACGACGCUGUGCUGUUCAGCUCGAGACCGUUACGAGAAUGCGACAUGUUCGAACUUCGAAUCGACAAAAUGGUCGACUGCUGGAUCGGCAGUCUUGAGAUUGGCGUAACAGCUAUACGUCCAGAGGAUCUUGAAAGCAACGGUGGCGUGGGAGCCUUAGCAGGAACUGCGACAGAUCUCAGCUGGGACACGUACAUCUUGAGCGGCGCCGCCAUGAUGAAAGACGGGGAAUGCGUCAGGAGCGGGUACCCGCUUGAUCUGGACACACUCACCGUGGGAAGCAGAGUUGGCAUCAUGUGGCACGCUGACCGCAGCUUGCAUUACUACCUUGACGGCAUGGAUAUGGGCAAGGCGUGGUACGUGCCCCAUCUCAACAUAUACGCCGUGGUGGAUCUCUAUGGCCAGUGCACUCAGGUGACAAUAAUGAAAAAUGAAGAAAGAGCAUUCAAUUACAACGGAUGCAAUAAUUCUGACAAUUCAUUAUUGGAAGCAAGAAAUUACAUUUCGCCGCCUCCGCCAUAUUGGUGUUUUUCCGACUACUGCGGUGACAAUGUCUGCCUAAUGAAAGAGUGUUCGUUCGCUAAGCGAUACACGCCGGACCCGAUGGCAGGAUUGGUCUUCAGCUCCACGCAUCUUGCUAUUGGAGAGAUGUUCGAGAUCAAGAUAAUGGAAACCAACCAUAGUUACGCGGGUAGCUUUCGCAUGGGCGUGACUGACAUCAACAUACUGAACGCUCACGUCAACAGUAGCUUCCCACCGUCAGCGUUGUACUUGCCUCACUACACGGCCUUUGUUGACGGCAAGUACAUGAAAUACACUCGAUUGGGUUCGCGAGGGCAUGACAUCUAUUCCUUCUUGCCGUCGUUCGAGUGGCUGCGCCCUGGCGAUCGCAUCGGGUUCAAGAAGACUACAGAUAACCGUGUGCUAAUAUACUACAACAUGGAGCUAUUGGACAUGGCUUUCGAAAAAGUUCCUGAUAGAGUUUAUGUCCUCAUGGAGUUGUUUGGCAACGUCACAAAAAUACAAGCAGUUAGCAGGGGAUGUCUAGUCAGAGCGUUUUUGCAACGAACAAUUCCGAACGAUGACGUAAAACCAGCAGUUGAUGCAAACGGCGAAGGAAAUAGCGCUGGUCAAGCUGAAGCGUCUACCAGCGAAGGCGAAGUCCCUGAACUUCCACUGUCAAACGAACCAGCGUCCGCUGAACAAGAGACAGCAGCGGCUGAGACUGGCGAUGGAGCAGAAGCCAGUACCUCCACUGCUGUACCGGCGAAUACGGAGCCGAAGAAAAAGCGACGCCCCCUACCGUACACAUUUCAUUACGUCCACGGAAAGAAUAUCAAGCUGUGCAGUUCAGACACCGUUGCUGUGCGCACGACAGGAUAUAAAGAUGGUAUCGCUAUAGUUAGUCAACCGCUAAGAAGGGGAAACAAUUUUAGGUUCCGCGUGGACAAAGUGGGUGGGGAGUGGUCUGGUAGCGUCUCCAUCGGGGCUCUGGGGACUCUGCCGGCGGACAACCUGCCGGCCUGCGCUAUGAACCUGGAGCCCCCGCUGUGGGCAGUCUCCAGCGACCUGGUGCACGACAACGGGACCUUCAAAAAGACCAGCAUGGCAUCAGCACUAGAGGAGUUGGGCGAGCAGUCCGUGCUGACGGUCCAUUUCAGGUUCAACAGCGAGCUGGUGGUAGACCUGGACGGCCAGGUGGUGGGCAUGCUCGGGCCUGUUCCGCGCUCCUUCAGCCACGUUUACCCUAUGAUCGACCUAUAUGGUCGCGUAACACAAGUAUCAGUCCUGCUACACCCCUACGUGGUAGCGAGCGGGAAUUCUCUCGAUCUCCCCAUAAUAACGGAAAACCUUCGGGAAGAAUCCCUCGCCGAGCUCGAUUUGGACGACGAUGACGACGAUCGAGGCAGCUUCAGCGACUACAUGCACAUUCCUGAUAUACGCCCCAAGCGCCAAAUAAAAGCGUACAGCCAAGACAACCUUGUGGAAGACGAUUUAGAUCCCAUAUUCGUUCAACCCGGCCCCAGCUCAUACCCGGAUCCAGAGAGUCCGAUCUGGAUCCCGCCGUGCUCCCCUUGUGUUCCCUUCGUCAAACAAGUAGUACAAAUGCCAGAUCCUGAACCAGAGCCAUCGAAAGCUAGCCCUACCACUAGCGGGGUAGCCCUGCACCAGAGCCUGAUACUCCAGCCAGCAAAAACUUCCACCCCCAUCAACAACAAUGAGGCCGUCAAUCGCUGCAUACGUAAAAGUCAUUCCUCUCACAGCUUUCAAGUCGCCGAUGAUAAUAUUUUUGAUAGCGAAAUAAAAGGAUCUUUACGGCACACGCACAGCGUUGGGUCUAGAGUUGGCGGUGAUACUGAACGUGAUACGAAUAUUCGACACAACGACCGCUACCCUGAGGCUAGCGAUGUCGAUAAUUUGGAUAAUGAAAUCAUGGAUGCGUUGACGCUCGAAACCGGGAAUUUGCCUGAUCUUAGUGAGGAGCAAUCUUCGUCGUUGGAUGACUCGACACGGCACGACUUCUGGACGGAGACAUUAUCCGCGGAGAAUUUGCAUUAUUUGAAUCGUUUGUUGUGUUUCGAUCAAGAAGGCGCCGAAGGGCAAAGCCUUGAGGCCGAGUGGGAAGCCUCGGGCGAGGGCUGCGAGCACUUGCAUUUGGUGCUGAAAUACUGGAACUUCCUUGCUUUGCCGUACCCCGAGCUGAGACAGGCGGUGUCGUGGGGUCAAGUCAAGUGCUACUGUAGUAACUGCCAACCUGAUGCGGAACCACCACUUGCGGGCUGGGUGCGAAUCGAGCGCAUCGACGGCGUGGGCGCCGCUCAGCGUGCUUUCUGGCACGUGGUCCGCUCGACGCUGGGCUCGGCGCAGGCCGCUGCCGCCGAUGCGCCUGCGCGCCGCCCGCGCUCGCUCGCUCCCGCGCCUACAACCGCUCCCGCCGCCGCGCUUGACGUAUGGUUCGAUGAAGAAGGAAAACCACACAAUACUGUAUUGGCCAUCGAAAUUGAUGUAGAGGGGUCUGAGGCAGAAAACGAUCGGCUGCUAGCAUUCCUGAUUUACCUGAGGUCCCCGAUGGUGUUCAUAGAUGACAACCCUCCGAGUUUAGACGAGUAAGCCACCAUGCAUACAAAUUCCAGAACAUGAUCUAUUUGCUGUACUGUAAGGGGCACAAGCAGGUUGUCUUAAUAAGUAUUAAAAUGAUAUUUUACGUACAGUCGAUUUAGUCCCCACGCGUCAACUCCACAUGCUUUAUUAGUGUAACGUACUUUAAGCUCAUUAUUUUUGUGAUCUCAGAUAUUACGCUGGCUAAGGUUUGUGUUAUACAAUAUUUGUUUUAGCUAAUGUAUUGAAGUGCAGGUCGCACCACAAGAUCAUUAAAAUUAAAGUAGCUCUUGUUGAACUUGGAUCCACACCGCAAGCAAGUGUUGAUAUUAUUUGAGCUAAUUGAAUUUGAAAUAGGUAUGUAACUUAGCAGUCUUUAGCUCUUCUGCUAAUCUCAAUCCACCAAGCUAAAUUAUGCCUUUGUUAUUUACAUGCCAAACUUCUUUCAUCCUUAUUAAGCUAUCUCUAGCUUUGCUUGAUAGCUAUUUGAACUAACCUAAAUUAUGUUAGCACAGUUCUUGUGGUGACCAGCCUGCUCUUAAUUCCGACUCACUCGAUAUUAUUGUCAACGUAUCUCGGUGAGGCGUUUAAUAUUUAUAGAAGUAUACAGAUCAAAAAAUAUUAUUUAUCGAUAGUAGGUUUUAAAAUGUAUAACAAUUUUAAUAAUAUUCUUAGUGAUAUAUCCACACGGGUUUGUGAUAUGCUCCGCGUGAGUGAUCGCUGUACAUUAGUAGAGGUGUCAUAUUGACACUAGGUCAGCGACCAAGUCGCGUAGGAGUGCGCAGUACUGCAUAAAGGCGAAAUUCCCGUACCACUUUAUCAGUACUUCACUAUAAAAAUCAUCACCUGAUCAAUAUUCUAAAUUAAUUAAUUGGUCAACCGUCUUUAACGUUAUUGAAUUAUGUACCUGUACUAUUUUUAUUUGGAUUCUUAACACUAUUUAUUUUAACAUUAUUGUGAAUUACACUAGUUUACAAGGCUUUUUACCCAGAGAUGAAACUGAUAUGUAUCGGUAGAAUUGUUAACCCUUACUUAAAAACUGAACUUAGAAAAAAUUUAGGACGUCAAAUUU